UGAGGGGCUUUCAGUGAUUGGUUUACAGCUGUGACAGAUUCUGACCAAUAGACGACGAGCGCAGUCUCUUAUAAACCGAUCGGCAAACCACGACUCCAACAUUUCUGCAUUGAUUUGCAGUUUAUACAACAAUAGUUGAAUAAUGAGCGGCAGAGGUAAAACCGGUGGUAAGGCCAGGGCGAAGGCUAAGACUCGCUCCUCCAGAGCAGGACUGCAGUUCCCCGUCGGUCGUGUUCACAGACUUCUCCGCAAAGGGAACUACGGCGAGCGCGUCGGUGCCGGUGCUCCGGUGUAUCUGGCUGCUGUGCUCGAGUAUCUGACGGCUGAGAUCCUGGAGCUGGCUGGAAACGCCGCUCGGGACAACAAGAAGACCCGUAUCAUCCCCCGUCACCUGCAGCUGGCGGUGCGCAACGACGAGGAGCUCAACAAACUCCUGGGCGGAGUGACCAUCGCUCAGGGCGGCGUGCUGCCCAACAUCCAGGCCGUGCUGCUGCCCAAGAAGACCGAGAAACCCGCCAAAACCAAGUGAACACGAGAGGACACAACACUCACAAAGGCUCUUUUCAGAGCCACACACUUCCCCUUAAAGAGCAGCUUGACAAUAUACAUUUGUACCUCUUUAUUUCUUUUACAUGUGUAUCUAAAGAACACACGAGUGUUGAGCGAGUUGAUACGGUUUAUAUUCAGUCCUGUAGCGGACCCAUACAGCAAGCAGUUUCGUCCCAGAACCGGCCCACAUCUGGCACGCGUGGAUCUCAUGCUAAAGCGACUCCCAAAUAAAGACUAUGGAAAUAAUCAAAA